AUGGCGACCACGAACAUCCAGCAGGAAACCAGGAAGACCGAAGGCAAGAUGUAUCCAACCCCUGCUGUGAUCCCUACAUCAAUGCCUGCACAUAAAAAUGAUGAGACACAUGAAGAAGAACAUAAUAAAAGAAACCAAGACUGCAGACAAGUUAGGUCACAUCCAGCGCCAGGGUCUUUACCAGAUAGUGCAUCGCAGCUGCACAAUUCCGCGAGGGCCCUUCUCAUGCGGCUGUUGGAAAGGGACCCGAGAGUUCGUAUGAGGAACUUGAGACAACUACAACAAUCUGCUUUCUUUAUGGGUUUUAAUUUCGAAACAAUUAAAGCUUUGAAGGUGAGGAUAAGGCUAAAAGCUAUUUAG